UUAGAGUUUCGGUUUUACUGGUGUGAACAAGCAGCUCAACGGACACGAUGAAAUUCUUCCUGAUCGCUUUUGCCGUGAUCGCAGCUGUGGCCGCUGAUGUCAGCCACCUGCCUUCCAACGAGUACUUGCCCCCCGUGGUGCAGGAGUCUCAGAUCAUCGCUGCCCCCAGCAACGACUAUCUGCCCCCUGUCCAGGUCCAGGCUGAGGCUGCACCUGCCCAUGAGCUGGCCGAUGAUGGCUACCGUUACAAGACCCACAAGCGUGUGGUCCUCCGCCGUCACCGUCGUGAUGUGAGCCAUCUGCCCUCCAACGAGUACCUGCCCCCUCAGCAGGCUGCCGCUCCUUCCAACGAGUACCUGCCCCCACAACAGGUGGCCGCUCCUGCUCCCAUCCCAGUCCAGGUCGCUGCUCCCAUCCAGAUCGCCGCUCCUGCUCCAGUCGAGAUUGAGGCUGCCCCAGCCCAUGAGCUCGCCGAUGAUGGUUACCGUUACAAGACCAACCGUCGCGUUGUCUACCGUCGCCACCGUCGUGAUGUCAACGAGCUGUCCAACGAGUACCUGCCCCCCGUCCAGGAGGCCGUCGCUCCUUCCAACGAGUACUUGGCUCCCGCUGUCGACACCGUCCUGGCUGAUGAUGGCUACCGUUACAAGACCAACAAGCGUGUGGUGAUCCGUCGCCAUCGUCGUGAUGUCAACGAGCUGUCCAACGAGUACCUGCCCCCUGUCCAGGAGGCCGUUGCUCCUUCCAACGAGUACUUGGCUCCUGCCGUCGAUACCGUCUUGGCUGAUGAUGGCUACCGUUACAAGACCAACAAGCGUGUUGUGAUCCGUCGUCAUCGUCGUGAUGUCAACGAGCUCUCCAACGAGUACCUGCCCCCCGUCCAGGAGGCCGUCGCUCCUUCCAACGAGUACUUGGCUCCUGCCGUCGAUACCGUCUUGGCUGAUGAUGGCUACCGUUACAAGACCAACAAGCGUGUGGUGAUCCGUCGUCAUCGUCGUGAUGUCAACGAGCUCUCCAACGAGUACCUGCCCCCUGUCCAGGAGGCCGUCGCUCCUUCCAACGAGUACUUGGCACCUGCCGUCGAUACCGUCUUGGCUGAUGAUGGCUACCGUUACAAGACCAACAAGCGUGUGGUGAUCCGUCGUCAUCGUCGUGAUGUCAACGAGCUCUCCAACGAGUACCUGCCCCCUGUCCAGGAGGCCGUCGCUCCUUCCAACGAGUACUUGGCUCCCGCUGUCGACACCGUCCUGGCUGAUGAUGGUUACCGUUACAAGACCAACAAGCGUGUGGUGAUCCGUCGUCAUCGUCGUGAUGUCAACGAGCUCUCCAACGAGUACCUGCCCCCUGUCCAGGAGGCCGUCGCUCCUUCCAACGAGUACUUGGCUCCCGUUGCCAACAACAUCGAGGUUGCUCCCGCUCACGUCUUGGCCGAUGAUGGCUACCGUUACAAGACCCACAAGCGUGUUGUGAUCCGUCGUCAUUAAACCAUGCGAGAUCUGUUCCACCAAGUGAUCGAUUUGUACUCAUUUUGGAGUACAAAUUUUAUUAUAAGAAUACUUUUCCUUUUUCAUUGAGGAAAUAUAAUAAUACGAUAACGAAUCCAUAAA